GCGAUCACUCUCUCUUUCUGGGUUACUGUAGUUGGGAUAAAACAACCAGCCUCACCUCCGUGAAACAACCAGACCUUCUUUUUACACUCGUCUGCAUCUUUUUGUCAGAGCAUCAUCAAACCGCAGCCACCAUGACGGAGUCAGAGGCGUUGCAGAAGAAGCAGCACAAGCCCAGCAAUGUUCUCCCUGAGGCCACCAGAGAAGACGUGUUUGAUCACACAUACAAAAUGAAAGAAGGCCCCAACCUCCCAGUCAUCGUCUGGAAAAAUGUCUGUUUGAUGACUCUGUUGCAUAUAGGUGCUCUGUACAGCGUGUUCCUCAUCCCCUCUGCACAUCCUUUGACCUUGCUUUGGUCUGUUUUUUGUUUUGUGAUAAGUGCUUUAGGAGUCACUGCAGGAGCUCAUCGCUUAUGGAGUCAUAGAUCCUACAAGGCCACAUUACCUCUAAGGAUCUUUCUUGGUUUUGCUAACUCCAUGGCAUUUCAGAAUGAUAUCUUUGAGUGGGCUCGAGACCACAGGGUUCACCACAAAUAUUCAGAGACAGAUGCUGACCCUCACAACGCUGUCCGGGGCUUCUUCUUUGCUCACAUUGGUUGGCUGCUGGUGCGCAAACACCCUGAUGUCAUCGAGAAAGGGCGCAAGCUGGAGCUCAGUGACCUGAUGGCUGACAAAGUUGUUAUGUUUCAAAGGAAGUAUUACAAGCCUUCUGUGCUGCUCAUGUGCUUCUUCGUCCCCAUGUUCGUGCCUUGGUACCUGUGGGGGGAGUCACUGUGGGUGGGGUACUUUAUCCCGGCUCUGCUGAGGUACACCUUGGUGCUGAACGCCACCUGGCUGGUCAACAGCGCAGCUCACAUGUGGGGGAACAGGCCCUAUGACAAGAACAUCAACCCCAGGGAGAACAAGUUCGUCACAUUCAGCGCUAUAGGUGAGGGAUUCCACAACUAUCACCACACAUUCCCCUUUGACUAUGCAACCAGCGAGUUUGGCUGCAAGUUGAACCUUACCACUUGUUUCAUCGACGUCAUGUGUUUCUUGGGCCUGGCCAAGGACCGCAAGAGAGUGUCCCACGAGCUGGUCCUGGCACGAUUACAGCGCACCGGAGACGGAAGUCACCGGAGUGGCUAAGAUUGAUGAAUUGUGGUCAUCUACAAAGGUGAAACAACCGAUAAAGAAGAAGCGUCACAGUCCUUUGACAGCUAUACAUUUCUCAUCCUCUGAGGAUUCAUGAGGGCCUUGACCACAUUUUGCUUGUUUUUGUGGUUUUUGUAGCUGUAACUUAACAAAUUGUUUAAGAUGGAUUAAAAAAACAAACAUUUUUGCUAAGCUCUUGGUUUCUAUUGUUCGGUCAGGCCAAGGUCUUGCAAAGGUGUUUUAGAUUUGAAGUAGAUACAUUUUAAAAAAGUCAACUUCAUUCUCCGCCGUUUUUGCCACUUUGGUGUGCAGUCUUCAUGCAAGGUCAGUCAUGUAGCCAAUCAUUUUUUUAAUGUAAGUAUUACUCAAUUAUUAAUCAAAAUAGACAAAAAGUGGAGCACUGAAAACAUUGGAGGAGUGACAAGCUACGAUUGGAGUUGGUUGCCUUUUAUUGCAGUUUAAAGCAAGUUUUUACCGUUGGAAUACAUAGUAAAUUAGAUUUUUGAGCGCUUUAAGAUCUGGGGAUGUGAGUUUGAAAUUUUUUUAGAAGUUGCUGGCUUUAAUGAAAUAUGGCACAUGAUGGAAGAGUGAGGGAACCCAGACCUUCUUAUUAUAACUGUACUGACAGCCAAAACUGUAUGAAAAAAAGUGCGUUGCGGUGUGUAACUUGAGCCCCUUUUACACUGUCUGUUCAAGACGGGAAUAUAGGGCCGUUAUGCCGACUCACCAUUCUGUAAAUAAGGUAUGAUUGUGGAAUGGCACGAGAGGUAGUAACAGCGACAAAACUGUGUCCGUAAAAAUAGGACAGCCGGCAGGACGGGACCAUGGGCGUGUUAUGUGUGUGACCAACCGCGGGAGAUUUAAAAAGUACCUAGUAGUAUUUUGUGGCUAAUUCAAAGAAGAAGCUGUGGCUGUAAAUGUCCACAUAUAGGUAAAACAACAAAAUUCAGGAGCUUCGUACCCUCUAAGCAGAGGACUAGAUCAGCCACCACAUAACGGACAAUAAAUGAUUAUUAUUGUCAUGUUAUGCCCUUGUUAUUGUCUAUAAAGGGCUGCUGAUGCGUAUGUUAUAGGUCACACGAGGCCUACACUGUUGUGUUAGAGGCCGUGUCCACCAAAGAGUUUUUUUCUUAGGCACUAGGCGUGAAUUCUGUGCUGAACGCCAAAAGCUGAAAAAUGGUCAACUUUGGGUAAAACCGCUGCGCUCAUCAUUGUCACAUCAGCCGUUCAGUCACGACAGAGGAGUGGCAAAUAUUGCAAAGACAAACCGUCUUAAAGGUGCAACGUACAAGUGCUAAACAACAACAGCAAUAUAUAUAUCUGUAUAUGCUAUGUAUAUAUGCGGGUGCAUCCUCUCUCUCUGCACGCUUCAGCCUUCCCCUCGUCCUGGGCAGAUUUCUACUAUGUGCUGACGUGUUUACUUUCGCGGAUAUUCCAUAUCAUUGCAACCAAAGCUUCUCAACUAAAAAAAACGUUGCAUCUCCAAAGGUCUCUCAAACGCUCCCAGCUGGGCAUUAAGUUGAUAAAAAAAAAGUUUUGGUGGACACAGCGCCUUAAAUGUCACACCUGACACGCCUCUUUUGCUUCCGCGAUGCUGGCAUGCUAUCUAAAAUCACAUACUGGAGCAUUAUGAUACCACUGUUGUUUGGUUCUCUGUAAAAAUGCAAAGGAGGCAUUAAGAUGGGACUAAGUAGCGGCCCUAUAGUGCGAUCUCUGUGUAAAAAGGGCUUUGGUUGUCUUGUGCUGAAACCAAAUUUGAAAAGAUUAACAAAUUUAAUCUCUGUAGUAAUUGGAUAAAUCAAGACUAUACAAGGUAUGCAUUUAUCAUUACAAUAAGACUGCCAAUAAAUGUCAUUUUAAUGUAGAACUGCGCAAUGUUUAAUCGACCUUUUUUGUGUUUUUACCGUAUAUAUCAGUGCCAAGAGUGUGCCAACUGUCGACAUACUUACAACCAUCUCAUUGGUCCACUGGAGCACACUUAAGUCGAUAUUGCUUCUUCUCUUGCCAUCAUUGUGGAAGUUUUUGAAACAUUGUGGCAUCAGUGGCUUCGCUUCCUCUCUUAUCCAACCCCCUUUUUUCCUGGAAAUUAUCUGCAAGCCGAGAUGUCAUCCGUCGACGUAGUCAUGUGACAGUUCUGGCGUUUCAAAACCAAACCCAUGCAUGAUGAUAUACUGUGUUGUAGUGAGAUGCUUUAUCGGUGACUCCAAUGGCAGAACUGUGUCUAUUUUAGUAACUGUGGAGCUGCAUCGCUUUUGGAUCAUCAGAACUGUUGCCGUGGUGAUAUCCGAGUCGAGGUCUGGUUUCCCUUUGAUGUCCCACAAAGCUGAAAUUUCAGGUGCAUUGAUGUUUAUGCUCAUCUUCAAUUCUUGUGUGCGGAAUGCUAAUGUUAUGUUAUUUUUGUAUUUAUUAAUUUUUUUUCCUUACUGAAAAUAUUCCUUUAACCUGAACAAGAUUUGGCAGUGAAAAAUAUCAAAUUGAAGCACCUGUAUAUUGCUUUCCCCAAGAGUCAGGAUACAACCUAAUGCCUUAUGACUUGCAUCCAUUCCUGAUUUUCUUCACAUCCUGUCGGUGAAGACAGAAAGGCUCAAAAUGAAAUCUGGUCCAUGUUUACAGGCUGAAAGCACGAGAAAGUAGAACAUGUUUUUAUUCUGAAAACACAUUUUAAUUUCAGAGGAUUGUAGCAUGACAACAACAAGUUACUUUAAAUGCAAAUAGAAGAUAGAGGUUCACAUUCAAAGGUUCACAAAUGUUCGCAAAUGUUUAAUCACAGGAUUUAACUUGCAAAAUAUGGACCCUGAUGUGCCAGCUAGUUCCAAACCAUCACAGCAUCCCAGUGAGAAAACCCUCCAAACAAAGGUGCUGUCAUGAGGGAUGUUAGAGCAUCGUCAGAGUAAUCGCCAAAACCUGACAAUAUCACAAGCCAUGCAAACAACUCCCGCAGCCCAGAGCGCCGAAAUCAACAUUUUCCUAACGAUGAGUACGAGGAGGAUCAAAAGGUUCUUGGUCUGAAUGAUAACGUCAACUGUAUUCUAUUCUGAAAUAAAAAUUCACAAUAUUUUCAAUACACUCGUAA